CAUCUUUGCAUGUUCCCUAGCCAGCGCCUUGUAUUUCCCUAGAUCGAAUGGAAAAUGGGCGAUACAUCAGAUUGUGAGCAACUGUUAGAUUAAAAAUGUAUUUGCUGUUUUCUAAGUAAUUUCACGUCAAUUAAGAAGAAUGGAUUCAUGCUGUGUUUAAUUUGUGUAGCGAGCCCGCAGCAGCACAACGGUGUUGUCCCUGCUGUCAGCUGUUUACGCUUGUCGAGGUACGCGCAGGACAAAACUCCAGCAGCACUGGCCGCCAUUGUUAUCCAUCGGCAGCAUAUAAUUAUAAUCACCAUUUUCAUCAAUAAAAAGGAGUAUGGUUUUGAGUAGUGAACGAUUGGAAAGAAGCUGUGAGAGAAGUGCCGGGAGGCCACUCGGACUAAAGGAGGGUUCGGGAGGCAAAAUGGCGACUGAAGAUGGAGAUGAUCGGGUUAGCUGUCAACCAGAAGCCACAAGAAGUCGGAGUCGACAGCAGGAACUCGAGCACCAAUCACAUCAGGAGGGACAGGAAGAAAUGCAACAGGACGAAAAAAGGCCUCCAGCUGUUGAUUACGCCGCAAGCAUUGAGAAGGUGAAAGACUGCGGAUGGUAUUGGGGACCGAUUUCUGGAGCUGUAGCGGAGCGAUUACUGCUACAAGAACCCGAUGGAUCUUUUCUUCUUCGAGACUCUUCGGAUGAACAUCACAUCUUUUCGUUGAGCUUCAGGCUGUCGGGAGAGGUUAAACACGUUCGUAUUGAACAACACGGAGGCAAUUUCAGUUUUGGAUUUACCAACAAAUUUCACUCAAAAACCAUCAUUGAAUUCAUCGAAAAUGCUGUUGAGCAUUCACGGUCGGGUCGUUAUCUCUUUUUUUUAAACCUUAUGCCUAUGGCAGGGCCAGUGAGAGUGCAACUACUCUACCCUGUUUCAAGGUUAAAACGAAUGAGUUCACUUCAGCAUUUAUGUCGUUUGACAGUGUUCAAAGUGCUGCGGCAGCGACGAGAUCUUAUCCCGGCAUUACCCUUACCGGCAAGGUUGCAUGAAUAUUUGGAUACACCAACUUACCUCAUCGAAGACGACCUUGUGGAUUUUUUCAGCGAGCCGACAAAGGAAAUCCUGCUUGAGGGAGAUCGUGAGGGAAAGGCGGAACCGCCGAGAUCACAGUCUCGUUCGCAGUUACAACAACAAGAAUACCACAAUACAAGCAGCACCAGUAACAACAAUAAUUCUGUGGAGAGCUCAUAGUAAUACAUCAUCAAAGAUUAAUUAGUGGCUGGAAUGAUUUUUUAUUGAUAUAUUCCGACCUCUUGUAUCGGUUGCAGUUUGACAUUGUAAAGAUGAGUGAACAGGAAAAAGGCGUUCCGCAGCUACUUAAUACAGCAGUACAUAGACAUUGUCGCAUAUUGCAAUCGUGGCUGUACAUUUGUUAUAUAAUCACCUCGUCCUGAGCGGUGUUUGGACAGAGUGUGAAUGUUGCACAUCAGAGUGGAAAAGUAUGAAGAUGACGAUGACGGGGAAAUAGUCGCAGUUACGGCCACAGUCAUAGACGAAGCGACCAAAUUUCGGCCGAGCACCUGCUUAUUACCUUGAAUUUGUGCUGUAGUAGCAAUCCACAAUUUUAAAUCGUAAAAGUACGUUGUGAGAUUUUGAGGAUGAUUUUGUAAGAAGAAGAGAUUCAGGUAUAUUAUUAUUACUUUAGUAAUGAAUGAUAUCAUGUGUUUUGAGACCUUUGUUUAUGAAUUUCUUAAGACGAUGGGGUAAGCCCCCCACGGGAAAUUUUUGGUGUUGCUGCAUAUAAAAAGGAGAUUUCACAACCAGUGCAGUGAUGUUGCGGUACCUUUAUGUAAGUGCCACCGGGCUCUACAACCUUUGCUAGAGAGAUAUGAGUUAGAAGAGAACGAAAUCAAAUCCUAUAGUCAGGUAGUUGUUAUCGUUUUAAACUGGUGUAUGUUUUUGCAGUCUAUUAUAGAUUGAACUUUCGGUUAAAAGUGUUCAGAUGUUUGCCUCAUGAACUAAGGAUGAUCUCGAAUGUAGGUAUUUUUAGCCUUCGUUCCGGUUAUGCUCUCACCGCUAUUUUAUGGUUUCUGAUUCAAAACGUGCCGGUACCGCAAUCCUAUUCGCUAGCAGAAAAGAGUAUUAUAAUGAAUAUUAAUUGGAUUAAAAUGUCAAGUCCCAUCUAUGACUUGAGAGUGAUAUAUAGGAACUGCCCAUGAAAACUCAGGCAACUAUGGCGUUCAACGCCUUCUAGGAUGAUCUUUGGAUCAUAGAAGUUUUUCGUUCUAAAAGCGCAUAUUGAUUUCGUAGAAUUCUAUUGAAGUGUGAAACAACGCACUCGGUUAAAUAACGGUAAAUUCAUUAUCUAAAAUAAGUAUAAUGCAAAAGAUCUGCAGUAUCCUCGAGUCAAAUAAUCAAAGGAUGAAAUAACUAGUAACAACUAAAGGAGGGGCAUUGAGUGUGAUAGUACUACGUAGAGCACGCUAACAAAUAUUGUUCAUUUGUUUUGUUGCUAAGUUAGUUGCAGUGUCUUUUCGCUGGGCUCUAUACUAACACGGCAGCAGCUUUUCAUAGGCGAAUAGAACACAUGUUUAUCCCUUUACCUUGUAUGAUCCUACAUAUGUAGUAUGUACACGUAUCCCUUGAUAAAAAAUCUGCUUUCCAUGUCUCUCUCUUGAUGUGCUCAACUUUACUGUCGCUUCUAAACCAUAUGGGUCAGACAAAUGUACUUUUUCAUUUUCUUAGAAGGCAAGUCGGGUUAAGACUGGCUUCGACUACCAUAGCCUAACACCUUGAAGCUACUAGGCGAAGCUCCCCUGAGCAAAUCGGAAAACUAUAUCCCUAUAAAUGCAUAGAAAACUCAAAUGAUACAGGGCAAAAGCUCUCUUGGGGCUCGAAAACAUCCGCGUGCCUCACGUAAGAGACAUAGACAAACACUAAGUUGCUAUUACAGUUGCGCUCAACUUGGCUAUAUAUAUAUAUAUAUAUAUAUAUAUAUAUAUAUAUAUAUAUAUACACGUAUUUACUGAACCAAUAGUUGACCAAUAAAUGUAAUAAUUAUAUAUAAUUAUUACCAACCUCGUGCUGGUAAAAAUCAUAAUGCGAUAUUUACUAUUUAUUAUUAUUCUGUUAAGAACAUGCUUCUCAUGGUUAGUCAAAGAGUGAUUAUGAAAGCUACGUUGUAUUUAGGCAUCUACCUAGACCAAGGAUAUGUCAGGGGGUCUACUCAACCCUUUCUUGUUCGGCGAAGAUAACGCAUUUCGAGACAAUACUUGAAAUCCACUAGAUCAAGCUAUGCUUGAAAAUUCGAGAAACGUUGCCCUUAAUCAUUUUGAUUAUGAUGGGCUGUUAUCAUCGAUGCACAGUUGCAAUUAGGUUUAUAAUAGAAAAGUAAUGGAAAACCUAAAAAUGGAUACAAAUGAAUUAUAAUUUUUAUAGGCUGGAUUACACUUCGGUAAUGCAAUAGGGUCGUUCACGUGAAAAAUCGGAGCAAAGAAGUAGUAUUGGCGACAAGAAAGGAUAAAACUUAUCAUACAUGCACUUACAGCCUAGAGCAAUGGUGAAACACGUAUUUAUUGUGUACAAUACAAAAUGAAUUUUCAGUUGUUUAACGCGACGUCGGAUGUUGCUGCGCAAACCUAGAAGUACGGACUAAAUUAUUAUCUUUGACUGACCUUUUUCCGUAAUAACCUUUGCAUCCCGAUACUUGUACAGAAAACAAACAGUGAGCGGUCAAACCCUUGUUGAUAUGUAUCAUAUGUUUACAAGAGCAUGUUAUGAAAGCGUGCUAAUGCUAUGGAACAGACAAGAAUAAACUAUAUACAUAUCGCCCGACGAGGUCGUAAUUAUUGGCGAUCAUUAAAAGAUGCGGUUUUUUUUUAGACAAACCAAGAAACAUGCCCAUCAGAGCAUUAUUAUUUUUGAUAUCAUUCGACAUAGCUGUUUAUGAUGGUCACCAUGUCGUUUCAAAGGAGGGACGAUGUUUCUUUGUUAUCGUAUCGUCCUGCACGGGUAAUGUUAAACUUGGUUCUACGAAAUCAAUGACUGUAACUUGGAUUUAUGAGUAUUAUAAUGCCGCUCUGAACAUGCUUCAAAAAUACUGACUUGUUCAUCUUCCUUCCAAACGCGUAUCAACAGAGUAUACGCCAAGACUGGGCGUAGACAAAUUUCAUUUUGUGCUGGAAACCAGCGACCUAGAGAAAUGCUUAAUGUGAGUAUCAGUUGUAAAACUGAAGACACUUAUUUUUUAAACAUUAAGACUUUCUCGCUUUUGGAGUUCACGCGUAAAUUUAAAUCAAAUAAGUGGCCGAAAAAUUAGCUUUGAUUCAUUCGUACGGUCUCAAAUAUCUACUAGUUAUAUCUUUACGCAUGCUGUUUUUGCAAAUAUCCAUAUACGGAAUAUGCAUUUCGUUAUUAGUUUUUCCUUAAACGUUAGCUAAUGAAAACUCAAAGAAGUGUCUUUACAAAAAAAUAAACACGCAGAAGCAGAAUAUAAUUAUGUUUCGAAUUUAAUAGACGGUUAAGUGUUGCUUCAGGCCGCUGGGUCCCAAGAAGCAGUGUUUGUCUACGUUAGAUUUUGAACCUGGGCUGGCUUUCUAAAUGUCCGUAGUACUACGAAAAUACUACUGCCCAGGUCUAGGGUACUCUCUUUUUACAACUCAACGCAAAAAUAUUCCGUCUACCUAAUUGCCACUCUUUUUCGCUAUAUGUUUGCAAAACAAUUUUGCCGCUUAAUAAUUACCUAACACACUUUUUAACAAUUGAAGAAUUUCGGAUG